AUGUACAGAGUGAGAACCAUCGUUCAUGUCCACCCUUGGCACUCAGCGGCAAGAUUGUCCGUUAGAUUCAACUCGACUUCAUCAAAGUACACGGCCGUAACACACCCCGAGGAUACCUCGUCCGUUCCAAAGGACAUCUCCAACACACUCGCUCGCCACUCCAAACAUGUGCUCAAUACUUACGCUCGUCCGCCUAUAAUCCUCUCUCACGGAAAGGGAUCUUGGAUCUACGAUACCUCCCACAGGAAAUACCUCGAUUUUUCAUCAGGUAUCGCUGUGAACGCUCUUGGUCAUGGGGACGAACAACUUGUGAAGAUUAUGAAUGAGCAGGCCUCGAAGCUUAUUCAUUCUAGUAACGUUUUUCAUAACGAAUGGGCAGGUGAACUUGCCGAACUAGUUAUUAAUUUAACAAAACGAGAUGGUGGUCUUGGAUGGGCUUCAGGAACCCAAGUGUCUUCAUCAUCAGAACCUACUUCAGGCGCAAAAGUUUUUCUUGCAAACUCUGGUACGGAGGCGAAUGAAGGCGCUCUAAAGUUUGCCAGGAAAGUAGGGAAGGAUCGUUGGGCUAAAGCGAACGGGAUCAGUCCCGCGGAUUAUACGAAUCCUGCCUACCUUUCUUCGCCUAAAACCAAAAUCGUCGCAUUUGACAAUGCAUUUCAUGGACGGUCAAUGGGAUCUUUAAGUGUCACGUCUAAUCCGAAAUAUCAGGCUCCGUUUGCACCCUUGAUACCAGGUGUGGAAAUCGGAGCGUAUAAUGACAUUGAGGCGUUGGAACGAUUGAUCACGGAGGACACGUGCGGUGUCAUUGUUGAACCUGUGCAGGGCGAAGGCGGCGUACAUACUGCGAGCACGGACUUUCUCCGUGCUUUGAGAAAGAGGUGUGAUGCAGUUGAUGCAGUCCUCAUUUUCGAUGAGAUUCAAUGUGGGCUGUAUCGUUCGGGAACUCUAUGGGCUCACUCCCUUUUACCAAUCGACUGCCAUCCUGACAUCGUCACCAUGGCCAAACCCAUUGCAAACGGUUUCCCGUUAGGAGCCAUCCUUACUCGUGAUGCCAUAGCGGAAUCAAUGACAAUCGGUUCGCACGGAACAACAUUCGGAGGUUCUCCUAUCGCAGCCCGUCUAGCGCAUCACGUCCUCUCGCGCCUCUCGGACCCUUCCUUCAUUUCCUCCGUAAACAGAUCGGCAUCUCAUCUUUCAGGACGUCUCUCGCGGUUACCCACCUAUUUCCCCACCCUCCUUCAUCCGUACGUCAGGGGUAAAGGUCUCAUCCUCGGGUUACCUUUCAAAAACGAGAGUCACCCUGGUGUAUUGACAAAGAUGGCUCGUGAAAGAGGCGUUCUUCUGCUUACGGCUGGCCAGGAUGCCGUUAGAUUUGUACCAAGUUUGAAUGUAAACUUGGAAGAGAUUGAUUUUGCUGUGGACGUGAUCGAGAGUGCGUUGGGGGUUAUGGAAAAGGCGUAAGAAUGCAAUGUACCCAUAGCUAGGGGUUGGGUCAUGACGUUAACAGGACUACCAAAUUAGAACGCUCUCGUUCUAUGUUUGGUACAAGGUUGUUCCUAGUUGUGAUCUGAAUAGACGUACGUGAGCGCAUGAUUUUAGAAUCAUUGGUUCAUGAGCGCGUCAUGAAAAUUGGAGCGACUUGCGGGUCUGGUGAACCCUCAUCCACAAGCAGCUCCAGCGGCGUCUCCGGAAUAUGGAUAAUCGAUCCAAUGACUGCCACAGGGGCGGAUGCUAGGUAGGCGACCAGCCUCUAGUAUGUAGCGAAAUGCAGUCCUUGCAGUGAACAAAUUGCACGAGUUACCGUAUCGCCUGCGCCGCAGGCGAA